AUGGAGUGCUACACCUCCCGAGUGCUGCACCUUACAAGCACGGCACCUCUCGAGUGCUACACCUUCCAGCACUACACGCGGCCACCUCCACGGAGUGCUAUGCCUAAUGCUUUGGUAGUACUAUCUAUAGCAUUUGAGGAGUGCUACACCUUCCAAGCACGACACCUCCUAAGCACGACACGUCUCGAGUACUACGCCUCCCGAGUGCUACACCCCUCGAGCACUACAGUUCCCGAGUACUACACAUCCCGAGUGCUACACCCCUCGAGCACUACAGUUCCCGAGUGCUAUACAUCCCGAGUGCUACACCCCUCAAGCACUAUAGUUCCCGAGUACUACACCUCCCAAGCACGACACGUCUCGAGUGCUACACAUCUCGAGUGCUAUACCUCCCGAGUGCUACACCCCUCGAGCACUACAGUUCCC